AUGAUCGAAUUCCCUCUAGUGGACGUGGACGUGGACGUGGACGUGGACAUGGACGUGGACGUGGACAUGGACGUGGACAUGGACGUGGACGUGGACGUGGACGUGGACGUGGACAUGGACGUGGACGUGGACGUGGACGUGGACGUGGACGUGGACGUUGACGUGGACGUGGACAAGGACGUGGACAUGGACGUGGUCGUGGAUGUGGACGUGGACGUGGAGGUGGACGUGGAUGUGAGGGACGUGGACAUGGACGUGGACGUGGAGGACGUGGACAUGGACGACUUGGACGAGGACAUGGACGUGGAUGUGGACGUGGACGUGGACGGGACGAAGACAUGGUCGUGGACGUGGACGUGGACGUGGACGUGGACGAAGACAUGGUGGGACGUGGACGUGGACGUGGACGUGGACGAAGACAUGGUCGUGGACGUGGACAUGAUCGUGGACGUGGACGUGGACGUGGACGUGGACGUGAUCGUGGACGUGGACGUGGACGUGGACGUGGACCUGGACAUGGACGUGGAUGUGGACGUAAACGUGGACGUGGACCUGGACGUGGACCUGGACGUGGACGUAAACGUGGACGUGGACGUGGACGUGGACCUGGACGUGGACGUGGUUGGGGACGUGGACGUGGACGUGGACGUGGACGUGGACGUGGAGGUGGACUUGGACGUGGACGUGGACGUGGACGUGGACGUGGAGGUGGACGUGGAGGUGGACGUGGACGUGGACGUGGACGUGGAGGUGGACGUGGACUCGGAGGUGGACGUGGACGUGGACGUGGACGUGGAAUUGGACGUGGAUGUGGACGUGGACGUGGACUGGAACGUGGACGUGGACCUGGACGUGGACGUGGACGUGGACGUGGACGUGGACGUGGACGUGACGUGGGACGUGUACGUGGACGUGGACGUGGACGUGGACGUGGACGUAGACGUGGACCUGGACGUGGACGUGGACGUGGACGUGGACGUGGACAUGGAUGGACAUGGACACGUGGACGUGGACGUAGACGUGGACGUGGACGUGGACGUGGACGUGGACAUGGACGUGGACAUGGUCGUGGACGUGGACGUGGACAUGGUCGUGGACGUGGACGUGGACGUGGACAUGGACAUGGACGUGGACGUGGACGUGGACGUGGACGUGGGGACUUGGACGUGGACAUGA